GAAUAGCCUUACUUAGGUAUUUUUUAUACACACGGUCAUACUGUUUAUAUGCUGACGUGCCGCACAGGAAUUGUUUACGUGAAAACUAGCUGAUUUAAAGGAAAAACCUCAAACAAAAUGCUGGACAUACAGACACAUAUGGACUUUGCUGGCCAGGGAAAAGCUGAGCGUUGGUCUCGCUUUAUCAUAACAUUUUUUGGAGUAAUCGGCUUGAUCUACGGAGCAUUUGUGCAGCAAUUUUCGCAAACUGUCUAUAUCCUUGGAGUCGGAUUCGUGCUCUCCUCCUUGAUCACCAUUCCACCCUGGCCCUUGUAUCGCCGUAAUGCUCUGAAAUGGCAAAAACCCAUCGACACGGAUGCCAAAUCCUCCAGUUCCGAGUCCGGUGAUGAGGGCAAAAAGAAGAAGAAAUAGUCUUAGCCAACAGUAAUGUGUAUUUCUCACUAUCCAAUAUAAUAUAUACAUAGAAAACUAAA